AUGACAAAAAAAAAAUAAAGCGCAUUAUAAAACUAAGGGAAAGGAAAGAAAAAAGAGUAAGAGUUAAUCUAAGUUCAAAAUAGAAUUAAAAGCUUAACAGAUAUUUGCUAAUAAAAUGAAAUAACCUUUUAUACAUUAUAGUAAAAUUAAUUUGAUUUAGUUAUUUUAUUUAAGAAUGUGAUAUUUUAUUGUAGAUAAGAUAGUAAAUUAGAAAUUGUUGAUGAAAAAUUGACAAUUGAAGGCAAACUUUAUGCUACAAUACUAGAUAAUAAUUAAAACCCAAAAUAUAAAAUUUAAUAGGGAAAAUUUGCUCUAAAUUUAAGAAAGCAAGACCUUAAUUUAAUUGGGAAUGGCAUAGAAUAUUUAGGAAAAUCAAAUAUAAUACUUAAUAAUAAUUAAGAUAAACCAUCUAAAAUAUAAAAUAUAAAUAAAUCCUCAUAAUGUCGAUCUAAAAGUUAAGCACCAUCAAAAAUUAUUAUAAAAGAAGAAGGAAAAAUUAUUAAUAAUAAUAAUAAUAAACAAUCUAAAUUCACUAGAGGGCAAAUUCAAUUUCAAAAACUUCCACUUUGGUGUAAGUAUAAUUAAUAAAUCAGUGUAAGAGAUGAAUAAAUAUUGAUAAAUAAAAAUUGGUUAACAAGUAGUAUAAUAGAUAGUUUUGUAUUUUAUCUUAAUCUAGAAAGUGACAAAUAAUAUUUUCAAAAAAAACUAACUGAUCGAAAUUCUAUUAAGAGAAUCUUAUUCUUACCUACUAGUUUAACCACAAACUUUGGAAUUUAAUAUGAUUUUAUAAAAGCAUAAGAUUUAUUCUAAUAAGAAUUGCUUCAAUUUUAAGAAAUGAAUUUUGAGUUAAUGAGAAUUUAUAAAAAAAUAGGCAUUCCAAUAAAUAAAAAUAAUGAACAUUGGUAAUUUCUUUUAUUUGAUUACGAAAAGAAAAAUGUAGAAUUAUUUGAUUCUUUAUCUUUUUAAUUUGAUGAUAAAUUAAUUAAGACAUUAUCCAAAUUAUUAAAUUUAGAAAAUUGCAUAAUAAAUAAUAAAAAUGAUUUUGGUUCAUAAAAAACUAGUUAUGCAUGUGGAUAUUAUGUCUGUACAUUUAUGUAUUAUUAAUAUAAACUGUAAUUUGAUUAGAAUCUAAAAGGGCAUGUUUAUAAUGAGAACGAAAUUACUCAAUUAUUAUUAGAUGUCAUUAAGAAUUAAGAAAAUUAAUGA